CAAAAAUAAAUUUAAUUCUCGAUUUAGGUACAUUGCCCCUGAGGUGAUUCUUCGUCAAGGUUACGGUAAGCCCGUCGACUGGUGGGCAUUAGGUGUCAUUUUGUACGAGUUUCUUGUUGGCUGUGUGCCCUUCUUCGGCGAUUCUCCGGAAGAUCUCUUCUCAAAGCGAAUCCACUUUGUACUUUCAGAAGAAGUUGAGUACCCGGACGGCGAUGAGGCUUUGCCUGCUGAAGCUGAGGAUUUGAUAAGACGAUUAUUGGAAAAGAAUCCUGCUGAACGACUUGGAGCGAUGGUUGGUGCGACUCAGCUAAUGGUACAUCCCUUUUUCGCCAAUUUGGAUUUCAACACGCUGCUUCGACAGAAGGCAGAAUUUGUACCGCAACUAGAGCAUGACGAAGAUACCAGUUACUUCGACAGUAAGCAUACAUAGUU